CUUUUUUCGAGUAGCGUAUGACGUAGGCCAAACAUAUCGUGUCUCAUACGCUUCAAUUCGAUACAUACGAAUCAGCCCACCCCAUAUAUAUUACGAACGGUAAAAUUUGGCGCUGUAGCAGCAGCGGCAGGAGGCCACCGAUUGUCUUUGAAUUUGAAUUGAUUUGAAUUGAAAUAUCCAUAGAACUGGAGAUGGAAAAUAAGCCUCCAUUAACGUUGGCCUUCCUCUGCAAAAUGCUGCAAAGAAUUGAAGAAUCACCAACAUCCAAUCUAAAGAAGAAAAGUGCUCUGCAAAGACUGUUGGAGGCAGCUCGCGAAACGGGAGAUUUGUAUGGAGUAGUACGAUUACUAAUUCCACAGCGGGAUUUGGAGCGUCGGAACUAUAAAAUUAAAGAAGCAGCAUUGGCAUCUUGCUUGGUAUUUGCUUUUGGCAUUUCGCCAAAGUCUGUUGAUGGGAAACUUCUUUUUGAUUGGAAAGAAGCCACAAGUCCUGCUGUUGGUGACUUUCCUAGUAUUGCUUCACAGGUUAUGGCAAAGAGGCAGCAUGGGUCAUGCAUGGAUCUUUCAAUUCCCGAGUUGAAUUCAUUAUUAGAUCGUAUCGCCAUCUCUAGUACCAGGGAAGAGAAGGGUCAUGUUUUGAGAGAGCUUAUUUCUAAGACUACUUCUGGGGAGAUGAAGUGGGUUCUGCGCUUUAUUCUGAAGGAUAUACGGAUUGGUUUGGGAGAAAACUCUGUUCUUGAUGAGAUUCAUCCAGAUGCUCGAGACAUGAUGGCCUCGUGUGUAGAUUUAAGGAAAGUCUGUGUACAUCUAUUCAAUCGUAAUGUUCGAUAUUUGCGUCAGGAACUUCUUGUAGGCAAGCCAGUGAAGUGCCAGCACUCUAAGCGAAUGUGUUCUGUUGAUGCCACUUGGGAAUAUAUGAAAGGGAAAGAAAUUACUGCUGAGUGCAAGUUUGACGGUGAUCGCAUGCAAGUGCACAAAAAUGAGACUUGUGUCCAGUUCUGGUCAAGGAAUGGGAAAGAACAUGAUGAAUAUAAAUCGGCUCUAGGAGAGAUACUUCAUCGCUGUAUACUUUCUACACAAUGUAUUCUGGAUGGAGAAUUGCUUGUUUGGGAUUCUCUGGAGAAACGUUUUAAGCAAAGAACUAAUUCGUUGAAUCGGCAUGCAGCAGCUGCAGCCAAAAAGGGUUUUGAGACAACUGAAAAGGUUGAAGAUUGAGUUUGGUUGUAACUACGAAAGAAUAGACUCCAAGAGCAAGGAAGUCCAUGCCCUUAAGAUAUGGCUCAUUUUAUACUUAAGAACAAGUGGGCGUUAA